GAUUUGAAGGGAGAACUUUGUCAUACCUCUACUGGGAGCUUAGUUCUGCUGGCGCUACUGGUUUCGGUUUUCAUUGAUUUUCAUAUAACGGUGUACCGGAGCUGCAGGAGCCUUUGGUUGGUGCACGAUGACCUUACUACUGUGUUGUGCCCGUGAAGUAUUGUGAUCAAAGCUUCGUGGUAUACUGUGUGAUCACUCUGGGAUAUCCCUUUGGUUUGACCUGCUGUACUACAAGACGAUCGGGAAAAUGCUGAUCGCAAACACCUCAGCCACGUGCUGGUUAUGCUCUCGCCUUGCCUCCAGGAGUUUUCGAGUUAAUCUGUGCUGCGAUCGUCUUAUUUUCAGAGGUUUCGUGACUGCAGACCAAAAACAACAGUCCUCGACUUCCUCUAAGCGUAAAGGACACCAGUCGGUGACUUUCCCCAACAGAGUUUUCUCCGGAAUCCAACCUAGCGGUGUGCCUCAUCUGGGCAACUAUUUUGGUGCUAUUCAAAAGUGGAAGACGCUGCAGGACUCGGGGAGUGAUUGUGUAUUCAGCGUAGUAGACUUGCAUUCCAUCACGAAGCCACACUAUGAUCCCAACAAGCUAAGGGAGAACAUAGAGCUCAUGACAGCCAGCCUCCUUGCAUGCGGAAUUGACCCUGAAAGAUGUACGCUGUUUUUGCAGUCGCAGGUUCCAGAGCACGCCGAGCUUUCGUGGAUCCUCGGAUGUUUGCUCACCACGGCUAGAUUGCAGCAUUUACCACAACUCAAGGACAAGACCGCUGGUAUGAAGGAAACACCCUUGGGGUUGUACCUCUACCCCGUGCUUCAGAGUGCAGAUGUGUUGUUGUACAAGGCAACGCAGGUGCCUGUGGGAAAUGACCAGUUGCCUCACAUCUUCCUAGUACAAGACACGGCUGAGCUCUUUAACAAGCGCUUCGGUCUGGUCUUUCCAAGGCCUGAGCCCCUUCUAGUGUCCGGGGAGGCUGGUCGCCUGCGCCAUCUCCGGGACCCGACCAAGAAGAUGAGCAAAUCCAGCGACGACCCUCGCAGCUAUGUGGCAUUGGAUGACCCUCCCGAGGCAGUGCGCAAAAAGAUCAAAAAGGCACUCACCGACUGCAUUUCGAAAGUCACCUACGAGCCAGAGUCUCGGCCAGCUGUUGCCAACCUGGUGGCAUUGCACAGUUUACUCACUGGCCUGAGUCCCGAAGAGGUGUGCCGGCAAGCAGAAGGCCUCGACACAGGACAGUUCAAACAAGUAGUUGCCGAUGCAGCUGUGUCCUUUCUGGAACCAAUACAGGAGCGAAUGCAGGAGCACCUGUCGGAUCGUGCCCGCUUGUGGCACAUUCUGGAUGAAGGUUCGAGAAGAGCACGCCAAAUUGCCAUUCGGACAAUGAAUGAAGUGCACAGAGCAUCUGGCAUGGCCCCCCUCCGUGUCACAGACAGUGCCAAAUCUUUGGCACAGACUGCAAGCUGUUAGACACCUUCAAGAGGCAGUGCUUGAGUACAGCGUACUCUUCUCUGUACAGUAUGCAGAGGUUUCUUUGUCAACUCUGUGUGCUGAUUCAUUUUAUUAUUUAGUUUUGUUACACAUUAUAAAGAUGGGCUCUUGAAAUUCAUACACAUAGUGUGCCUUGCUGCAGUAAAGAUGUUUGAUGUCUCACGAAA